CAAAGACGAAGAAGAAACCGAAGGCCCAGGGAGAGAAUCAACAUGGCCGGAUCUUCGUUUGUGGCGGGAAUAUCCGGCUUUUGUGCGGUUAUCAACGCAUUUAGUAUACUGAUAUAUCUGCUAAGUAUUCGUGCUAAUGACUUCCCUAUGUCAGGUCUCUUCAACUUCGCCAACAUCGCUGUUACCGGACUGAGCCUUUGUAGUGACCUCUUGCUUCUCACGUCUGCCGGGACUCAAGGCUCUCAAGUAAACCCGAUGGGCACUAGCGGCUCAUUGAAUAAAACCCUAAAGAUGAUGCUAUGGGCAAUUUGCAUCAAGGUGUUCGUCAUCACCUACGAAUUCUUCACGGCGCCUCUGUACUCUUACAAUUGCUACCUAGACUGCAUGAGGUGGUACAGCGAAGGGAAGACAUGGCAAGACUUUCUGAAGAAGAAGUAUGCACCAGACAUCCCUCUAUUUGCGGUAGUCUCUGUAGGGUUCAAUCUGUUCUUCACUGCUAUUAAAAGUUCCAUUAAGGUGGUGAUCUUGUACUAUAUACACGACUUCUACGAAGGCGUUAAGCAGCAAGGAACACUGAACUCCAAUGGCCUUCUGAAUGAUGAAGACAUGCAGCUACUGCGUGGGCAGGCAUUCCCUCAGGGCAUGCCAGCCUUCUUGCCAAGCGGCUACAUGAUGGCACCGGGAGCUCCAAUGCAGGGCCUCUACCCAACCAACCAGUGGGUGGUGCCAGGAGCUUCGAUGCAGGGCGUCUACCCAGGCGGUGGCAUGAUGGCGCAACCAGGAGCCCAAGGGUACAGCUUCUACCCAGCCGGUGGCAUGAUGGCGCAGCCAGGAGCCCAAGGGUACAGCUUCUACCCAGCCGGCGGCAUGAUGGCCCAGCCAGGAGCCCUAGGGCAGGGCUUCUACCCAGCCGGCGGCAUGAUGGGCCCACCAAGAGCCCAAGGGCAGGGCUUUUACAUCGCCGGCAUGAUGGCCCAGCCAGGAGCCCAGGGACAGGGCUCCUACCCAGCCGGAACUAUAGGAACACCAGGAGCCCCGGUGGUGACUGGCGGCAGUGCGGUCGCUAACACGCAGAGUAAUGAAGACGCCGCCUCGCCCUCGCCUGCAAAACCUCGCCACCGCAAGGGCUCUGUCGCCAAGAAACCGCACGCCAACUAUUCACGCAGCACUAACUAAAAGGCGUGCGCCAAGAAACUGGCUUAAUAUGCGCAAGCCUUCUCACGCUGCGUGUGCGUGCAAGUUCAAUUCAAAACGCCUGCGCGGCCAUAAAACCACCAUUGCUCUUUCUACUUUCA